AUGUUCAAGAUCAUCAUCGCCCUCUCCGUUACACUAACUAUAGCUGUUUUCGCUGCCCAAUUCCGUUAUUACAUCAAGUCCGAUCUUCUGUCUGCUGGAAUCUCCGAGCCUUCUAUUGAUAGAAUUUCGAUUAUUGAAAAAGACUUUUACACUGACAACAAGCCAGCUCUAGGUCAACAAAAGGAUCAUGAAACCAUGGCAACUCCAUUCAAACAGUUUAUGGAAAAGGUUGGAGAAUUCAUGCAAACUCAAUUUUCUGAAGAUCAAAAAACUUUAAGGAAGUGUUUUGAAGAGAAGAAGGCCGACAUUGAAGCCAGAAUGGCAGCUGCAAAUUGA